AUGGUAUAUUUUAAAAGAUUUUUUUUUCAUAAGAGGCAUAGAAUUCUCUCCAUUUUUAAUUCCUAUUUUUUUAUGAAAAAACAGCUACUUAAUAAUUUAAAUAAAAUUCUUUUUAUAUCAUUAAACUCGUACUUUCUGAAGUUGUUAUUUUCGAAAAAUACAUAUAUUUAUUAUUUACAAGAAAAAAAAAAUUCUUAUUUGGAAAAAAAAUAUAGACCCGACACUCCUUAUAAGAAAACAGAAAGUGGAAUAAUUUAUAGAGACCUAAUCGAUGGUGUUUACGAUACAGUGGAAGAAGGAGAUACAGUGUAUAUACAUUAUCAAGGUAAAACAACAAAUGAUUUUCGUAUAAUUGAAUCCACAUUUAGGAGUAUUAUUCCACCUAAAAUUAUUGCUGGGCAUUAUGACCAAAAACAUAUAAAAGCUAUUUAUGAAAUGGUAAUUGGUAUGAAAAAAAAUACAAGAAGAGAGUGCAUUAUUCCUCCUUAUUUGGCACACCCAAACCAUUUUCCAACCCAACCACUUAUAUACGAAAUUGAUGUUGUAAGAAUUGUAAAAAAGAAUGCUCAAAAUAAAACAACCCUUCAAAAACUUGAAGUAAAAUUAGAAAAGAUAAUAGAUACUAUAUGUUCUUACUUUUAA